AGCGAUGGCGGAAAACCUGAGGAAACUGGUCUCCAACGAAUUUUUACACACGAUGUUCGAGAACCUGGAGCGCUGGCAGAGGGAUUACAACUCAAACUCAUGUGAUCAGAAUCUAAGUUAUUGCCUGGAAUUCAUUGAACAAGUUGCCAAGAUGCAGGGACAACUCUUUGGAAUCCUCACUACAACAGCUCAAGAAGGAGGACGUUAUGAUGGUGUGGAAGUAAUCAAAUCACGCCUUUUGCCUUGGCUGGAGGCCUCCUUUACUGCUGCUUCCCUGGGAAAACCUAUUGACAGCAAGGUCCCCUCUCUACAGGACACAUUUGAGAAGGAGAGACAGAAAGAGGUUGGUGGUCGGGAUCGGGAGAUGAAACAAUUAGAAGUGGAGCUGAGCUCAACUCAUAAUCAAAUCAACCAGAUUCAAGACGAUCUGGCUGACACUCCAAAGACUCUUGAAGCAACCAAGAACAGAUCGGCCAUAUCCCUUUUGGCUGCAGAGGAGGAAAUAAAUCAGCUAAAAAAGCAGCUUAAAUCUCUUCAAGCCCAGGACGAGUCCCGCCACAGAAGCUCAGCGCAUAGAGCCUCUGUGCGGAAGAGCACAGAGCGAGGUGCAGAGCGAGGUGCAGAGCGAGGUCCCGAACUGAGGUCCUCGGAGUUGAGGCGAUCGGAGCAUCGCAGCGCAGACAAGCGCAGCGGCUUGGACAAGCGCAUCACCGCCCUGGACAAGCGUGAGCGGUGUGACCCCGAAGUGAUAUCCGAUUAUGAGAAACAGGUCCGCUCGCUGAAGGACGAGAUCGCGGCUCUGACGGCCGAAAAAUCUGCCCUCCAAGGAAGGUCCACCCGGAGCCAGUCCCCCAGCCCGGCCGCCCGCAGCCGCAGCCCGGCCGCCCGCAGCCGCAGCCCCGGCGCUCUCAGCCGCAGCCGCAGCCGCAGCCGAAGCCGCAGCCGCAGUCACAGUCGCGGAGGCAGCCGCAGCGGCAGCCGCAGCCGCAGCCACAGCCGCAGCCGCAGCCGGUCGGGCAGCCCCUCCAACGCGAUGGUGAAGAUCCGGACGCCGUCCCCGAACCGCGCCAAACUGUCCAGUGCGGCGCGCAAGGCCGCGCUCCUGUCCCGGUUCAGCGACGCCUACUCCCAGGCGCGCCUGGACGCGCAGUGCCUGCUGCGGCAGUGCAUCGACAGCGCCGAGACGGUGCAGCGCAUCAUCUACAUCGCCACCGUGGAGGCAUUCCAUGUAGCUAAAAUGGCAUUCAGACAUUUCAAGAUCCGUGUAAGGAAAUCUUUGACACCGUCUUAUAUGGGGGCGAAUGACUUUGAGGAUGCCGUCAUGGAUUAUAUAAUUUGUCACCUUGAUCUAUACGAUUCCCAAAACAGUGUCAACGACGUGAUUCGAGCCAUGAAUGUCAAUCCCAAGAUUUCCUUCCCUCCGGAAGUUGAUUUUUGCCUCCUCAGUAACUUCAUCCAGGAGAUAUGUUGCAUUGCCUUUGCAAUGCAGACUUUAGAGCCACCCCUCGAUAUUGCAUUUGGGGCCGAUGGAGAAAUGUUUAAUGACUUCAAGUACCGUCGCAGCUAUGACUCGGAUUUCACGGCGCCCUUGGUCUUCUAUCACGUGUGGCCUGCCCUCAUGGAGAAUGACAUCGUCGUUAUGAAGGGGGAAGCUGUCACCAAGAGAGGGGCUUUUUGGAACUCUGUGCGACCCAUAACCCGAAGUCGAAGCAGGAGUUUAAGUCCCAUCUGCCCCCGUAGCCAUAUUGGGAUAAGCAUGCUAUCUCGAAGUCGGAGUCCUUCUCCAAUAAGAUGUGCAUUGCCAAGGUAUUAAACCACCAGACGUGUUCCUCUGCCACAGCACAUCACCUGCACCAGCACAUCUGCACCAGCCAGCCUCCCCGGCGCCCGCGCCAGCCUGCUGUGUCUGCCGCACACCUCACUUAAGAUAAUGUGAAAGGGCAAUUCUGUGUAUCACUCCACACAGAGAGUUAAAUGUUUUGGCUUGACGCAUUUGUAACUUCA